UACCAUGUUUUUUUAAUUCAUGUCAUCGACAUCGCUUUACGCUGGUGCAUUUGUGUGUACAAACACGUGCGGAGAAGGUGCAGUUUUCUACCGGUUCAACCAAAAAUGUCGGCGAAGUUUUGGGUAUUCGGGCUCUUUGCUGUGCUGCUGGCGACAUCAUUUGUGUCGGCCGCUGAUGAAGCAGAAGACGGUGAUGUGGUGGUUGAGGAAGACAUCGGCAAGAGCAGGGAUGCAUCAAAGACAGAUGAUGAGACCGUGGAAAGGGAAGAGGAGGCCAUCAAGUUAGACGGUUUGAACGUCGCUCAAAUGAAAGAGUUACGAGAAUCAGCCGAGAAGCACGUCUUCCAGGCCGAGGUCAACCGCAUGAUGAAACUCAUCAUCAACUCCCUCUACAGAAACAAGGAGAUUUUCUUGAGAGAGUUGAUCUCAAAUGCCUCCGAUGCCCUGGACAAGAUUCGAUUACUGUCACUGACUGAUAAAUCUGCGCUGGACGCCACAGAGGAACUAGUCAUCAAAAUUAAGGCCGAUAAAGAUAACCACAUGUUGCACAUCACUGACACGGGUAUCGGAAUGACAAAGAAAGACCUGAUCACAAAUCUGGGUACCAUUGCCAAGUCGGGAACCAGUGAAUUCUUUGAAAAACUUACGGAAGUAAAUUCGAAUGACGCGGGAGAUCUGAUUGGUCAGUUUGGUGUUGGCUUCUACUCAUCUUUCCUGGUUGCUGAUACCGUGAUUGUAACAUCCAAGCACAAUGAGGACAAGCAGUACAUCUGGGAGUCCAAUGCUGGGGAGUUCACAGUCACCGAGGACCCACGAGGGGACACCCUGAAACGUGGAACCACAGUCAGUCUGCACCUGAAGGAGGAGGCCUACGAUUUCUUGGAGCCAGACACCAUCGAGAAACUGGUCAAGAAGUACAGUCAGUUCAUCAACUUCCCCAUCUAUCUCUGGUCCAGCAAGACUGAGACAGUUGAGGAGCCGGUUGAGGAUGAAGAUGAGGAAGAACCCACGGAGAAACCCGAGGGAGAAGAUGACGAUGUAGAAGUUGAAGAUGAAGAAGAGAAGGAACCCAAGCGCAAGACCAAAAGCGUGGAGAAGACGACGUGGGACUGGGUGCUGAUGAACGUCAACAAGCCCAUCUGGACUCGCCAAGCCAAAGAAAUCACAGACGAGGAAUACAACGAGUUUUACAAGUCUUUCACCAAGGCCAGCGACGAGCCCCUGGCCAAGACCCACUUCACGGCGGAGGGCGAGGUCACCUUCAAGUCCAUCCUCUUUGUCCCCCCGACAGCACCGCCUCAGAUGUUCGCUGACUACGGCAAGAAGUUUGACCACAUCAGUCUCUUCGUGCGACGAGUGUUCAUCACCCACGACUUUGAGGACAUGAUGCCCAAGUAUCUGAACUUUGUCAAGGGGGUGGUGGACUCGGACGACCUGCCUCUCAACGUCUCCAGAGAGAUGCUGCAGCAACACAAGCUCCUGAAAGUCAUCAAGAAGAAACUGGUUCGCAAGACCCUGGACAUGAUCAAGAAGAUCAGCGAUGAGGACUACAUCGACAAGUUCUGGAAGGAGUACGGCACCAACAUUAAGCUGGGCAUCAUUGAGGAUCACAGCAACCGCUCCCGUCUGGCCAAGCUGGUCCGCUUCCAGUCCUCCAACUCGGAGGACGGGGUGACGAGUCUCGCCGACUACCUAGAGAGGAUGAAGGACAAGCAGGAGCACAUUUACUUCAUGGCUGGCAGCAGCAGAAAAGAGGUUGAAUCAUCCCCGUUCACAGAGCGCCUCCUCAAGAAGGGCUACGAGGUGCUGUAUCUGACGGAGGCGGUGGACGAGUACACCAUCCAGUCCCUGCCGGAGUUCGAGGGCAAGAAGUUCCAGAACGUGGCCAAGGAGGGGCUGAAGAUAGGGGAGGAGUCAGACAAGGCCAAGGAGAGGCGGGAGGAACUGGAGGAGAAGUUUGAGCCGCUGACCAACUGGCUGAAGGAGACGGCCCUCAAGGAUGAGAUCAAGGAAGCCAAGAUCUCCCAGCGCCUGACGGAAUCACCCUGUGCCCUGGUAGCCAGUCAGUAUGGAUGGUCUGGCAACAUGGAACGCAUCAUGAAAUCACAGGCAUACGCAAAGACUGGCGACAGCAGCAACAGUUAUUACGCAUCCCAGAAGAAGACCCUGGAGAUCAACCCCAGGCAUCCGCUGACCAAGAAGCUCCUGGAGAAGGUGGAGGCGGACCCUGAGGACCCAACCGCCGUGGACCUGGCCAUGGUCAUGUUUGAGACGGCCGUGCUCCGGUCUGGCUUCUCUCUGCCAGACUCGGCUGGCUUCGCUGGCAGGAUAGAGAGGAUGCUGCGACUGGGAAUGAACGUUGACCUGGCGGAGAAGGUAGAGGAGGAGCCUGAGGAAGAGGAGGAGGAAGAUGCUGAGGAACCAGCCGCAGAAGAGGAAGAAGAGGAAGAAGAAAUUGAGGAUGAAGAGGUUCUAGAACCUUUGGAUGAGGUACCGCCAGUGAUGGAGGAGCCUCCAAAGGAUGAGCUUUGAGGACUCCUUUUCCAAGCAUCUCGGUUCUUUCCUUCGUAGCUCCAUCUAGCCUCAACUUCCUUGCACUUUGGUGGAAAACAAGUUCCUUGUCUAAAAUCUUUGCCAUAAUUUGUUUUUGCAAUUUGUCAUUGUUUUGUAUUCUUUCCUACGAAUAAAGAAACUGUAAGGAUAAAUGAAAUAGAGGUGUUUGAUUUCUCUGCAAAGAACCACUUCCGGUAAUAAACUCACAAAAUUUAAUAUAUUUUCUUGUUUUAUUUGGUUUUAGAUACUAUUGAUUUUAACAUUCGGAAUAUAAAACGUGUACCAAUUCAGUACCACGC